AUGAGGAAAAUAGAAAGUGUAGUGAGAGAGCUGAAAGAAGAAUUGAAAAGUGGAAAGGAAAAGAUGGAGGCCAUGGAAGAGAAGGUGGAAAGUUUGGAGAGCACGGUAGCGGAGCUGAAUGAGAGGCUAACGGCGGCAACGGAGAGGCAGGCGGAGACAUCAGCCGAGACGGGAGAGGAGCGGUUCGACGCCGGAGCAACAGAGGGCGCGAGAGGCUCCACUUGGAGCUUAAGGAGCGGGACGAGCAUGCGGUCGAUGCGCAGCGGCAGAAGCAGAGCACGAAGCGGCAACAGCUGGGGCAGCGGUGCGUCAGAUGCGUUCUCAGGGAGAGAGGUGAGUCUGAUGAAGAAGAUGUUAUAUGAUAAGGAUAGGGCGGAAAGAGCAUGCAACAUCGUAGUGAAAGGAUUGGCCGAGCACAUGGUAGAAUUAGAAAGGUUGAUAGGAAAGAAAGAUGAGGUGAAGGAUUGGGUAGAAAAAUUAAUAGAGGAAAAAUUAGGAACAGAAGUAAAGGUAGAGACAGCGAGAAUAGGAGGAGGAAGAAGUAGGGUAGAUAGAGUCGUAAUUGCUAAAUUAAGAAGCGAAGAGGAGAAGAGAAAAGUGAUGAAGAAUAAGAGCAAGCUAAGAGGGACGAACAUUUAUAUAGAGCAUGAUUUAAGUUAUGAGGAAAAGAGAAAGCAGAAGGAAAUUAAGAGAUGGUGCAUGGAAAAGCAAAGGAAGGGAUGGAAUAUAAGAAUAGGAAUAGGUAGGGUAGCAAUCGACGGGCAGUGGAUAAGGUGGGAGGAAGAAGAUAGAUUAAAAGAGAUAGAAGCUGAAGACAACAAAAGACAGGAGAAAGUAACAAAGCAAUUAGAGUGGAUGAGGGAAAAUAGAAAGGAGAAUAGGUCGGUGGUAACAGAAGGAGAAAUAGGAGGAGAAAAAGUGGACGGAGAAGAAAAUUUCGAGUAG